CCAGCAUCGGGUCAAAACGAAACGAAGCAUCCACGUUUGUCGCUCCCACGCUGGCAAUGGCCGCCGCCGCAUCUCCCGCCACCGCCGCCGCCGUCCGCGAAGCGGCGCCGGCCCACAGACAAAUUGGAAUCCGUCCGGGUCAUGGUCCGGCCCCAUUCCGUAUCGGCUUCCUCGCCAAACCGUCCUCCCGGUGGGCCGCGAUCUCUGUGCCGCCUGGGCCUCGCCGCGCGGCUCCGGCGGCGUCCGCGGCCAGGGAGAGGGUCACGGAGGAGGAGGAGAGGCCCGUGUCGGUGGAGCUGGAACCCAUCGCCAGCGAGCAGCAGCUGGACUGGGUCCUUGGGGAGGCGCGGCAGCUCCAGCUCCCCAUCGUCCUGCUGUGGAUGGCGAGUUGGUGCAGGAAAUGUAUAUAUCUGAAGCCUAAGCUUGAGAAGUUGGCAGCAGAAUAUCAUCCAAGAAUCCGGUUCUACUGCAUCGAUGUGAAUUGUGUUCCACAAAAGCUUGUGAACCGCGCUGGAGUAACAAAGAUGCCUUGUAUACAGCUGUGGAGCGACUCCCGGAAACAGGCGGAGGUGAUCGGCGGCGGGCACAAGUCUUGGCUGGUGAUCGAUGACGUCCGGAGGAUGAUCGAGCAGGAGGAAUGAUCCGGCGUGUCCUUUUAGCGCAGCGACCUCAGUAUUGCCGCUUGCUCAUAGUCCUAGACUGGGCGUCUGGGCCAGGUGUUUGGUCGUCUUGCAUAUAUUAGGAACCAUCCAUGAUCAGAGGUUUUGAAAAAUCGCCGGUUCGUCUUCCAUAUAUGAACUCUCUCCCUGGUGUCGCGAUCAGGAAAAUGAAGGAAUUGGGCUACCAGUCAUCUGCGAUGUCCUUGAUGUAUCCAUGUGUGUGUAUUAAAACUGGAACUUGCUGCUGUAUGAGCAAUAAUCCAGCACAGCACGGCAGGACUUAUUGCCGGUGUACUGACUGGCCUUGCCAUUAGCCACUGGAUCUGGAUGGUAGCACUGUUCAUGGAUAUGAAGAUUAGCAUAGCGAGUACAAUCUCUGCUUUAGGGUUGUCAAAAUAACACUGGUCUUGUUUACAAACACUAGCUUGUCUUGUAGCUUGCUUCUUGAAUUCUCAAGAGACAAAUUGUAGCCAGCUGGGAAAGUGGCAGCA